AUGGCACGGCACGCGCGCGCCCCGCUCCUCCUCUCCCUCGUCGCCACGCUCGCGGUGGCGGCGGCGUCGGCGGCGGCCUACGCGCGCGCCGCCGACGCCGACACGGAGCUCCUCAUCGGCGGCGACGACGACGUGCUCGGGCUGGGCGGCAUGUUCGGCGGCAGGCGGCGGCUCGACGACGCCAACGCCACGGGCCUCGACGACGGCAACGCCACGAGCAUCGACGACGGCAACGCCACGAGCAUCGACGCCGCCGUCACGUGGGCGGGGUUCAUCAGCUACGCCGCGCUGUCCAGGGACAGCGUGCCGUGCUCGCUGCCCGGCGCAUCCUACUACAACUGCCGCCCCGGCGCGGAGGCCAACCCCUACAGCCGCGGUUGCUCCACCAUCACGCAGUGCCGCGGCUGA